AUGAUUGCAAUAAUAGAGCAUACAAUUAAAGAUGAGAUGAUUAAUAAUAUGAUUACAAAAAUAGUUGCAGGUUGGAAGUGGUGUGCAAACAGCUCAGUGAAUGGUAAAGGUAGAAUAUGGCUGAUGUGGGAUUCUAACAAGAUAAUGUUUUCACAAUUGAAGGUUCAUCAGCAAUUCAUACAUGGAAUAGUAAAAAAUAGGAACGGCACUGUCCUGUUUGCAUUUACAGCUGUGUAUGGAUUACAUACAACAGCUAAUAGAUGUGAUUUGUGGAACAAUUUGAGGGAGCUGGAAGAACAAAUGACAGUACCUUGGUUGAUCAUGGGUGAUUUCAAUGCAAUCAAGGAUAUGGAGGACAGAAUGAAUGGUACUGAAGUACAUAUGAAUGAAAUAAAGGACUUCAGAGAAUUUAUGAUGGAGUGCCAAAUGACGGAAUUAGUCACAGUGGGAAGGGGGUAUACAUGGACAAAUAACCAUGUAUAUAGUAGAAUAGAUAGAGGGAUAGUGAAUGCCAAAUGGAUGCUAGAAAUGGCACCAAUGCAAGUACAAGUUCUAGAUCCUCAGUUUUCAGACCACUCACCAUUGAGUAUUGAAUUAGAGCAGGAAAAUGAUAACAGAAGGAGAGCGUUCAAGUUCUACAAUUGCCUAGCUGAACAUGAUGAGUUUGACAAAAUAGUACAGAAUGGUCGGAAAUAUAAGGGCAAUAAGAUGGAAGGUAUAAUACAGAAUCUAAAGAAGGUAAAAUAUGGUCUUAAGAGUUUAAACAGGCAGGAAUAUACAAGGAUAACAAAGAAGGUGCAACAAAAGAGAGAAGAAUUGGCAAAUGUGCAAGCUCAAAUGAGGCAGACUACUUUGAGUAGGGAUAUGUUUGAAGCAGAGAAGAAAGCUAGGAAAGAACUGGAAAAAUGGAGUACGAUAGAGGAAGGAAUCUAUAAGCAAAAGUCACGGGUACAAUGGCUCAAACUAGGUGAUUCAAAUACAGCAUUAUUCUUUGCAAACAUGAAAGGGAGAGCAGCACAAAAUCAAAUCAAAAUGAUAAAGGAUGAGGGAGGAAACUGGAUAACAAAUGAAGAUGGAGUGGAGCAGGAAGUCAUUGGGUUGUAUAAGAGGCUAUUGGGUGAAUCAACUAGAAGACUACCUGCCAUUAACCUCACUAUUAUGAAAAGAGGCCCUGUACUUACAAGGAAGCACCAGCUAGAACUAACAAAGCAAUUUACAAAGGAGGAAGUAUAUGAAGCUUUGCAGGGGAUUGAAGAUUCAAAAGCACCAGGGGAUGAUGGGUUAAAUGCUUAUUUUUUCAAGAAGUCUUGGAAGAUAAUUGGACAUGUGUCACAACCCCAACUCCGGUCGUGA